AUGAAAGGCAGCCAGACGGUGCUCACGCCGCCGGCGGGCGCCGAAGACAAGGGCCGCAAGGGCGGCGUCAAGGCCGGCGGCGGCAGCGGUGCUGACGGACCCAAGGCGUUUGCCUUCGACAAGUCAUACUGGUCGUUCGAUCGCGAGGCCGGCAACUACGCGGGGCAAGACGACCUGUUCCGCGACCUGGGCGCGCCGCUGCUGGACAAUGCCUUCCAGGGCUACAACAACUGCAUCUUCGCGUACGGCCAGACCGGCUCGGGCAAGUCGUACUCCAUGAUGGGCUACGGCGACGAGCACGGCGUCAUCCCGCGCAUCUGCCGCGACAUGUUCCAGCGCAUCGACCUGAUGCAGGCCGACAAGCUCCUCGCCUGCACCGUCGAGGUCUCGUACCUGGAGAUCUACAACGAGCGCGUGCGCGACCUGCUGAACCCCGCCACCAAGGGCAAUCUCAAGGUGCGCGAGCACCCGUCCACGGGGCCCUACGUCGAGGACCUGGCCAAGCUCGUCGUGCGCUCGUUCCAGGAGAUCGAGAACCUGAUGGACGAGGGCAACAAGGCGCGCACUGUUGCUGCUACCAACAUGAACGAGACCUCCAGUCGCUCGCACGCCGUGUUCACGCUGACGCUGACACAGAAGCGCCAUGAUGCCGAGACCACGAUGGACACGGAGAAAGUAUCGCGCAUCAGCCUGGUCGACCUGGCGGGUUCCGAGCGAGCCACAUCCACCGGCGCCACCGGCGCGCGGUUAAAAGAGGGCGCCGAGAUCAAUCGUUCGCUGUCGACGCUGGGUCGUGUCAUUGCCGCGUUGGCAGACUUGUCCUCCGGCAAGAAGAAAAAUGCAGCCAUGGUGCCGUAUCGAGACUCGGUGCUGACGUGGCUGCUCAAGGAUUCGCUGGGGGGCAAUUCCAUGACCGCCAUGAUUGCCGCCAUCUCGCCCGCCGAUAUCAAUUACGAGGAGACCCUGAGUACUUUAAGGUACGCCGACUCCGCGAAGCGGAUCAAGAAUCAUGCCGUUGUCAACGAGGACCCCAAUGCCCGCAUGAUCCGCGAGCUGAAGGAAGAGCUGGCGCAACUCAGGAGUAAGCUCGGCGGCGCCGUCGCCGGGGGUUCUGGAGGGGGUGUAGGCGGCGCUGCGGCCGGGGCGUAUCCGCCAGGGACGCCGCUGGAGCAGCAGAUGGUGACGAUCGAGCAGCCGGACGGCUCGGUGAAGAAGGUCAGCAAGGCCGAUAUCGUGGAGCAGCUGAACCAGAGCGAGAAGCUGUAUAAAGACCUAAAUCAGACAUGGGAGGAGAAAUUAGCGAAGACGGAGGAAAUUCACAAGGAGAGAGAAGCGGCGCUGGAAGAGCUUGGUAUCAGUAUCGAAAAGGGGUUCAUUGGCCUUUCGACGCCGAAGAAGAUGCCGCAUCUGGUCAACCUAAGUGACGACCCGCUGCUUGCUGAGUGCCUCGUUUAUAAUAUCAAGCCCGGCACGACGACGGUUGGGAACGCAGAUACCGCUACGCAUUGCGAGAUUCGAUUAAAUGGCUCGAAGAUUCUCCACCACCACUGCACGUUCGAGAACGUAGACAACGUCGUCACCGUUGUUCCGACCGACGGCGCCCCCGUCAUGGUCAACGGCCUACGGAUCGACAAACCCAAGCGCCUACGCAGCGGCUUUCGCAUCAUCCUCGGCGACUUCCACAUAUUCCGCUUCAACCAUCCGCAGGAAGCCCGCGCCGAGCGCGUCGAGCAGAGUCUGCUCCGCCACUCGGUCACCGCCAGCCAGCUCGGCUCGCCGGUUCCUAUGCGCACCCAUGAUCGGUCGCUGAGCAAGACCGGCUCGGAGAUCGACGGCGAGUCGAGUCGGGCGGAUUCGCCCAUGCCGUCGCAGCGCGGCAGGGACUCGGACUGGUUCCUCGCCCGGCGCGAGGCCGCGAGCGCGAUCCUGGGUGGCGAUCAGAAGAUCUCGCACUUGACGGAUGACGAGCUGGAUGCUCUCUUCGACGAUGUGCAGAAGGCGCGGGCCGUGCGCCGCGGGAAAACGGAGAACAAGUAUCUGGAUACGGAGGACGAUUCGGAUUCUGUCAGCUCUUAUCCCGUUCGUGAUAAGUACAUGUCGAAUGGCACGAUUGACAAUUUCUCGCUGGAUACUGCUAUUACGAUGCCGGGAACGCCGCAUCAGAGUGAGGAGGAGGAUAAGGAGUCCCAAGAGCCGGUGCUACAGAUGGUGCGGGACGAUAUGCAGCGCCAGCUGGAUAAACAGAAAGAGGAGUAUCAGGAGAAACUUCGCGCCGCGGAGGCCUCGCAGCAGGAUGUCGAAGAGCUGCGCGCCGAGAAGACGCGCAUGGAAGAAGCUCUUCUUGUCGCCAAGGAGGAGUUUCAAACCCAGCUGCAGAAACAAAAAGAGGCGUUCGAAUCGCAUAUCAAGGAUCUAGGCCACGCUCCUCCUGCGCCAAAGCAGGCGCCUGGAUUUUCGGAGCUCGAGGCCGGCGAGGUCGAGAUCGCCAAGUCGGUUUUCCGUCAUUGGCGGCGACGGAACUAUGUCCAUAUGGCUGAGACCGUGCUCCAGCAUGCGUCUUUGCUGAAGGAGGCGCAGGUCAUGGGUCAUAUUAUGGAGAAGCAUGUCUCUUUCCAGUUCGUUGUCAUUGACGUUGGUCAAAAUAUGGGCUCCUCGUAUGAUCUCGUGCUCAACGGGAUCUCUGGCGAUGACGACGUUGUGCUUGACGAUGCGAGGAAGCCGUGUAUCGGCGUGCGAGUCAUUGAUUUCAAGAAUACGAUUAUCUAUCUGUGGUCUCUUGAUAAGUUGCAGCGCCGAGUGCAGACGAUGAGGCAGAUGCACCAAUACAUCGAUCGACCAGAUUAUAUCCAGCAUUUUCGACUGGAGAACCCGUUCUCGCAGGCCUGCCCGCACCAGUAUUCGCUGGUGGGCGAUGCCGAUAUCCCCCUGGCUGCCGUAUUUGAAUCUCGCGUGCAGGACUUUUCAGUCGAAGUCGUGUCGCCGUACACCCAGAGCGUCGUGGGCCUCGUGCGCCUAUCCCUCGAACCUUCUGCCGCCCAGGCUCCCUCGUCGACGCUCAAAUUCAACGUUGUCAUGCACGACAUGGUUGGUUUUGCCGAGCGCGAAGGCACCGACGUGCACGCGCAGCUCUUCGUUCCCGGCGUCUCGGAGGAGGGCGGCGCCACGACGACGCAGAUGAUCAGCGGGUUUGAUGAGAAUGCCGUGCGCUUCGAGAGCGUGCAUAGCAUGAGUCUUCCGCUGUCGAGCCCAAGGGACUCCACGCUCAAAGUAAGCAUUUUUGCCUUGGUUUCGGCGAUGCAUCUGGACAAGCUGCUGAGCUGGGAUGAGAUUCGCGACGCGCCUGAGGUGCCCCCGCACAAGAGAACAACGCCUCGGAUACCGGAGUCGGAGUUUUUUGCGGAAGAGAGGCAUGAUGUCUUUGCUAGAGUUCAGAUCCUCGAACUAGCGGAGUCUGGAGAGUAUUUGCCGGUGGAAGUCGUGCAGAAUAAUAACCUCGACCUUGGGACAUACCAGCUCCACCAAGGGCUGCAGCGCCGUAUUUCUAUUGAUCUCACGUACAAUUCGACGGAGAGUCUACCAUGGAAUGACGUAAUGAAUCUCCGUGUUGGUGGUAUACAUCUGCUUGACCCUUGGGGGAAGAUACCGGACAUGGAGACACAUAGCCCAGAUAUUCAAUUGAAGCUAGUUCAAGAGCCUAUGCUGAAGGACAACGCCGAUGGGACGUCGAAUGUGACUUUGAUUGGACAAUGGGAUUCUAGCCUUCACGGAUCGCUUCUGUUAGAUCGCACAACGGCGGAUAAAUACCGCGUUCAGAUAUCAAUACGCUGGAAUUUGAAGUCCUCGCGCUUACAGCAUCCAAUUGUGUUUGCGUUUGACCAGCGGCUGCAGAUACUUAGCAGGAACUAUGUUCGCCAGCAGUCGAUGUUCAAGCAGUUUUGGAGCUCUAUUCGGGUUGUACAUUCCACCGUUAGCAUGUUCUCCGUCGCUGUUCGGCCAGUCUCUGCCAAACGGGCUGCGGAUCUUUGGAGGAUGAACACACAGAACGAUUAUGUCAAAGGCGAAGAAUUACUCCAUACGUGGUCUCCUCGCAAAGUAUCGUUGAUUCGGGAUUAUCUGCAAGCACGAAAACGCCGGCAACGAGUUGCGGAAAUCGACGCCGCUCGUGGAUCCUUGAAUACAGGAAGUUUGACGCCACUUUCGAAUGGCUGGUCCACGCCGCUUCGAGGCGUCGAGAAGGCACAGAGACAAGAAAAGUUACUUCGGAAAUACCUGGAUUUGUGGUCUACGAAGAAAGAUAUAGCAGAAACCAUUCUCAUCAAGGAUAACACUGAGCCGCCGGCCCGGGGAGCUGCCUUUGCUCGCAGCACCAGCAGCAACACUGUACCUCAAUCGAACCCAUCCAGCGAUAGCAGCCCAUUUGGCGAUGCCGAAAGCACACUCUCUAGCAAUACCUCCCCCGAGCUAUCGAAGCCCCGUUACAUAGCCACCAUCCAACACAUCCCCAAGAACCCAUCCUCCUCCAAAUCCGGCUACCUCUAUACCCCUGAUGACACCAGCACCCGCUGGGUUCGACGAUUCGUCGAACUUCGCCUACCAUACCUCCACAUCCACUCCGUCCCUGAAGGCGACGAAAUCAACGCUAUCAAUCUGCGAAACUCCCACAUCGAUCAUGACCCCAAUUUUGCUAGGCUCCUAGGCUCUUCGUCGGGUGGCGAACAGAGCCGGGCGUCCAUGCGCGGACAGCAGCCAAAUGUCUUUGCGGUGUACGGAACGCAAAAUACGUAUAUGUUUGCCGCCAGAACGGAGGCGCAGAAGAUCGAGUGGAUUUUGAAGAUCGAUCAAGGGUACUUCAGCGGUGCCCGUGCCUCACCGGCUUCAAGCUAA